GUCGCGCUCAGAUGCUUUCUACCCUUGCACGCCUUAACCUUCCGUGCGGACACAUCAUCUCAUUCCCACAUCCCCCAUUUACUGACACACCGUAAUACCACCAUGAGAGGCAGGAUGAGAGUGUUGCUGCUGGUCCUGGCAGCAGCUGUUUGUGUGUCAAACGCUCAGACCAACAACAGCAGCAAUGACAACAAGCAACAACAGCAGCAGCAGCAGCAACAACAACAGCGAAGCAUCUGGGAUGAGCCUAUCAGAUUUGCCACCAAGACCAAGGACUCCUGUACCAUGGUGGUGUCCGGAGCCGGGGACUAUACUCGCCUGCGUGUCUCCUGCAAAGGUCCAAGCCAGGGCCAGACCCCAGGACGCUCCUACUACUGCGACUUCCAGGGAAAACCCAACCUGUGCCGCGCCUACAACCUCAACCCUCGUCACUACUUCACCCAGAUGAUGUGGGAAUUGAGGAAGCUGAGCCACGCCUGCCAGGGACCUAAAAUCUACCGCCCGCAGAUGUGCAAGAAAUACCCAGACGAGGCCCAGAUGACCUUCCUGGCCUCCUGGCCCAAGACCACCACCCCGAAGCCCUCCAGGCCCGUGCAAGAGCCACGCAAACCGGCUGUGCCGGCCCAGACCAAGCCCGUCACCACUCCUAAACCGGUCAAGCCCCAGCCUCAGCAGCCUGUCAAGCCCCAGCCAGGCAAGGGCCCCCAGACCAAGAAGACUACCCCCAAGCCUGGGAAGACCACUACUCGUCCCAUGGAGCAGCCCGAUUCCAAAGCCUCACGUAUUGCCUCAGAGUACUGCUGGAAGAGCUUCCAUGGUAUCUGCACCUACUUCAUCAGCUGGUUCCAGAACUGAGAGGAUACUGCAGACACAGGUUGGAAACAGCAGCAAUGAACCCAGUCAGAACUCUUCUCAUCUAACUUUGACCUCUCCAGGAUCUAUGUGGGAGCCUCUGGAGUCAUUUCAUUGCCUUGUGAGGUCAGACUCCCCACACCACAGCAUCUUACGAACUGAGCCAAAAACACUUGACCUACACCUGCGUACAGUUAGCAGAUGACUGCUCAUGCUGUCUUUUAGCGUCCAUGUCAUUUUUUAAUCUGCAAAAACUCAGGCAGCAAGGCAACGGGAAUACGGCAGGCAUGUGACUCUGUUUGUAUAUGAUGUAAAUGUUUCAACAACAUUUAUUAUUCCAGGAAUGAAAAUGUGAAGACAUACAGAGAAUAAAGUCAGAGUGGUGACCUCU